AUGGUACAUACACAAGAAAAAUGUCUUAUUUUAGAACAAGUUAAAUCAAUUGUUGAAACAAGUUUACAAUUUUUAAUGGGUACAAAAGAAUCAGGUGGAAAUAUAAAAAAUCUUCAAUGGCAUAAAGUUGUUGAUGAUAAUAGUGAUUUAUUAACGCGAUCUAUUCAUAAACUAGUUCAUACACUUGAAGAUCAAUCAUCAUCUAUUGGUAUCAUGAGUGGUUUAAGUGAAAAUAUUCGUAAAUUAAUAUCAACAUUAGAUACAACAAUGUUAACAAAUCAAGGACAUUUUGUUGAUUAUCAAACAUGUAUGGUUGAAAUUUUACGACAAAUGGCUCGUACAACACAAGAAAUUUUAACACAAACAAAUCAUACAGAUAAUAUUCGUCAUUUAGCUAAUCAAUUAACACGAGAAUAUAAUGAAUUAAUCAAUGCAACUUAUGGUGCUAUUGGUACAGCAACAACAAAUGAUUUAGCAACACGUAUUAAAAGUGUUGUAGCAGAUUUAGGUUUAACAUGUGUUGAAUUAAUUGAAAAAUUAGGUUCUUAUCAACAGAAUAAUUAUGAUCAAAAUUUUAAAUCUGAUAUUGAAAUUUUAAGUCAAAAAGUGAUUGAAAAAAUUUCAUAUGUUUUAGCUGCUUUACAAGCAAGUGCUCGUGGUACACAAGCUUGUAUUAAUGCUGCAAGUACAGUUAGUGGAAUAAUUGCUGAUUUAGAUACAACAAUUCUAUUUGCAACUGCUGGAACAUUAAAUUCUGAAUUUGAUGGUGAAACAUUUGCUGAUCAUCGUGAAGCUAUUCUAAAAACAGCUAAAGCACUUGUUGAAGAUACAAAAACAUUAGUAGCCGGUGCUGCAUCAUCACAAGAACAAUUAGCAUCAGCAGCACAAGCAGCUGUUCGAACAAUAACAAAGCUUGCUGAAGUGGUUAAAAUGGGUGCGGCAUCAUUAGGUGCUGACGAUGGUGAAGCUCAAGUAAUGCUUAUCAAUAGUGUUAAAGAUGUUGCUUUAGCAUUAAAUAAUUUAAUAAAUGUUACAAAAACUGCAAGUGGUAAACAAAUUGAUGAUCCAGAAAUGUUAAAAUUAAAGGAAAGUGCGAAAGUUAUGGUGACAAAUGUGACAGCAUUAUUACGUACAGUUAAAUCUGUUGAAGAUGAAGCUCAACGUGGUACAAAUGCUUUGGAAGCAACUAUUGAAUCAAUUGCUCAAGAACUUCGUUUAUUUAAUAAUGGUCAUAUACCACCAAAUCAAACAACACCUGAAGAAUUAAUUCGUGUUACUAAACAAAUAACAAUAGCAACAGCUAAAGCAGUAGCAGCAGGUCAAUCAUGCCGACAGGAAGAUAUUAUAGCUGCAGCUAAUUUAGGUCGUAAAUCUGCAUCCGAUUUAUUAUUUACUUGUAAAUCAAGUGCAUAUACAACUGAUGAUAAAGCAUUACAACAACGUACAUUAGAUAGUGGAAAAUCAUGUAUUAAACAUUAUAAAGAAUUAUUAGAAACAAUACAUAUAUUAAUACAAAAACCAUCGAAUGAAACAAAACAAAAAUUACUUAAUUAUUCACGAAUGAUUGCACAAUCAACACAAGAACUUGUUCAAUGUGCUAAACAAUUAAAAGGUGCUGAUUUCAUAGAUCCAGAUGAUCCAACAUAUAUUGCUGAAAACGAAUUAUUCAAUGCAGCUCAAUCAAUUGAAUCAGCAGCAAAAAAAUUAUCCAGUCUUAAACCACGUCGAAAACCUAAAGAAAUAGAUGAUAAUCUUAAUUUUGAUGAACAAAUUCUUGAAGCUGCUAAAUCAAUAAUGAAUGCAGCUGGUGCAUUAAUAAGUGCAGCAACAUCGGCACAAAAAGAAAUUGCAUCAAAAGUAAAAACACGCACCAAUCCAUUUUUGCCUAAAAAUGUUUUCUCAGUAUCCACCAUCAAUAAAGGCACUUCGCCUGCACAGCUUUCAUCAAAAUCAGGUUCAGAAGAAGAUGGUCAAUGGUCUCAAGGAUUAAUUUCAGCGGCACGUUAUGUCGCAUCAGCAUGUCAUGUAUUAUGUGAUGCUGCUAAUGGACUUGUUCAAGGUUAUGGUACUGAAGAAAAACUAAUAUCAAGUGCAAAACAAGUUAGUUCAAAUACGGCUGCUCUACUUGUUGCUUGUAAAGUUAAAGCAGACUUUAUGAGUCAAUCACAGGCACGUUUACAAACUGCUGGUAAUGCUGUAAAACGCGCUGCUGAUGCGCUUGUACGAUCAGCUCAACAUGCUGUUGAAAUGCAACGUGAAGAUAAAUAUUUUGAAGUAUCAAUGCGUGUUGUACCAGGCAUUGCACAAGAAAUUAAAUGUAAAGAAGUUAUUUUAACCAAAGAACGUGAAUUAGAUGAAGCACGAAAUCGUCUUAAAGCAAUACGUUUAGCUAAAUAUGGUCAUACUGAACAAGAUUCAAAUGAAAGUACAUAA